CCCACCCCAUCCCCCCGCGCCUCUCCGGUUUCCUGAGCUGCGGGCUGCAAGGGAGGAGAAGCGGCGUCUUGCAACCCCCUCGGCUGGGCCCCGGGGUAAUUCGAUGCGGGCCUGGCGAGGCUCCCCACGCUAGACCCGGGCUCGCGUCUCGGCAGCCUCCACCCACCGGCCCACCCUACAUUUAGCGCAUCAUGUGAUCCGGGUAAGUCAUUUGCAAGUACAACAGUUCCCUGGGUUGCCCCCCAUUCAUUUCCUGAGAACUGCAGAGAGCAGCUGAGAGGCUCUGCCCGUGCGUGUGCGAGUGUGCGUGUGAGUGUGCGCGGGUGACGCCGUGUGUGUGUGUGUGUGAGCGUGAGUGUGUGCGCGCGCGCGUGUGAGAGCGAGAGAAAGGGAGAGAGAGAGAGGGGGACUCUGGGUGAGGGAAAGAAAACAAUUUCUCCUGCUCUGCAGCUUCUGUUCAGGAUCAAUGUGACUCUAGAAACAAAUGGAUGAAUGAAUAUCCAUAUGAAGAGGAAAACAAUAAAGAAUAUCAACACCUUGGAGAACAGAAUGUUAAUGCUUGAUGGGAUGCCGGCAGUCAGAGUCAAAACAGAGCUUUUGGAAUCUGAGCAAGGGUCUCCAAACGUCCACAAGUACCCCGAUAUGGAAGCUGUUCCCCUGUUGCUAAAUAAUGUGAAAGGGGAACCCCCGGAGGACUCAUUAUCUGUAGAUCACUUCCAGACACAAACUGAGCCAGUGGACUUGUCCAUCAACAAAGCCAGGACAUCCCCUACAGCCGUUUCAUCCUCCCCAGUUUCCAUGACAGCGUCCGCCUCCUCACCUUCUUCAACUUCAACCUCCUCAUCAUCUUCUAGCCGUCCAGCCUCAUCCCCGACUGUUAUAACAUCAGUAUCUUCAGCAUCAUCUUCGUCGACAGUAUUAACUCCAGGGCCCCUCGUUGCCUCUGCCUCUGGUGUGGGAGGCCAGCAGUUUUUGCACAUUAUCCAUCCUGUUCCGCCUUCAAGUCCCAUGAAUUUACAGUCUAACAAACUGAGUCACGUUCACCGCAUCCCCGUGGUGGUCCAAUCGGUGCCUGUUGUCUACACAGCUGUGCGGUCACCUGGCAAUGUGAACAACACUAUCGUAGUACCACUUUUGGAGGAUGGGAGAAGCCAUGGCAAAGCACAAAUGGACCCCCGAGGCCUAUCUCCCAGACAAAGUAAAAGUGACAGUGAUGAUGAUGACCUGCCAAAUGUGACCUUAGAUAGCGUUAAUGAAACUGGAUCUACGGCCCUUUCCAUAGCCAGAGCAGUACAAGAGGUACAUCCGUCCCCAGUAUCAAGGGUCCGGGGAAAUCGAGUGAAUAAUCAGAAGUUCGCUUGUUCAAUCUCACCAUUUAGUAUCGAGAGCACAAGGCGCCAGAGAAGGUCUGAAUCCCCAGACUCGAGAAAGCGGCGUAUCCACAGAUGCGAUUUCGAGGGCUGCAACAAAGUGUAUACAAAAAGUUCUCACCUGAAGGCUCAUCGGAGAACACAUACAGGAGAGAAACCCUACAAGUGUACCUGGGAAGGCUGCACCUGGAAGUUCGCUCGUUCGGAUGAACUGACGAGGCAUUACCGCAAACACACGGGAGUGAAGCCAUUCAAGUGCGCAGACUGUGACCGCAGCUUCUCCCGGUCAGAUCACUUGGCACUGCACCGCCGGAGGCAUAUGCUGGUGUGAGGAAGGCUGCUUGUCCAGCUGAGCGUAAGAGCUGGAUCUCUUAGCGGCACCCCAUUCAGCAGGGCUGGAUCCCCUUCACAGUGUUAACACAAAAGGGCAUCACCAUCCCACGAUGUCUGAAAGCAGAGCAGGAAAAAGAAGUGGUAACACUUCUCCUUUGGGUCUGAAGGUAACCCCCUCGUCACGACUGCACAAGAAACGACUCCACGCUGGCCUGGGAGAUCAGUGACACAGAUGCUGAAGAGACAGGCAUUGUUUUCCGUGCUGUGUCCUCUGCCAUUU